UACAUCCAGGUGACCAUGGAGAAUGUAUCAGCUGUGACGUCCAUUAUACUGACGGCCUACACCGAACUGGAAGAUCACAGAUAUUUAUACUUCAUAUGUUUGCUUCUUUUAUACAUUCUGAUAUUAUUGGUCAAUUUUGUUGUAAUUUUGGUAAUUUACAAGGAGAGAGGGCUGCAUGAACCUAUGUAUUUGUUUAUAUGUAACUUAGCAGUGAAUGGACUGUACGGCAGUACAGUUUUACUACCAUUUAUGCUUGGCCAUUUGUUAUCUCAGAACUAUGAAAUAUCUCUGAACCAUUGUCUGUUACAGGUAUACGGUUUAUUUUCGUAUGGUAUAGUUGAAUUCACUAUUUUAGCAGUGAUGAGCUAUGACCGGUAUGUUGCUGUUUGUCACCCAUUACACUAUAACCUCCUCAUGUCCCCUAGAAAAGUUUCUGCAGCCAUUGUAUUAUCCUGGGUUGUUCCCUGUGUUUACUUUGCCCUUAAUAUGAUAACAACUGCCAGACUUUCAUUCUGCGAAAAGCAUUUAAAAGAAGUUUAUUGUUCCAAUUUUCAUUUACAGAAAAUGUCUUGUUUUGACACAGGUGUUGAGACCAUUGUUGGACUGGCAUUAAUUAUUGUUUGUCCUGGUCCUCAGAUUGCCCUGAUACUGUUUUCCUACGCACAAAUACUCAGAGUCUGCCUCUUUGCUUCUAAGGAACCUCAAAUCAAAGCUCUGCAAACAUGCACCCUGCACUUAGUGACUGUGAUUAACUAUUCUGUGGGAGUCUUAUUUGAGCUCAUCCACACUUCGUUUGACUUGAGUCAAGUACCUUAUAACGCUCGCUUAUUCCUGUCCCUUUACUUUCUGAUAAUUCCCCCGCUGUUUAAUCCCGUCAUUUACGGAAUUAGCAUUAGAGCCAUAAGAGUUCAGAUUUGCAAACUGUUUAGUGGUAAAGGAGAAGUAAAUGGUCUCAACUGUAGGUGAUGAUUAAAUCAUUUUCUGUCUCAGUUAUUUAUAUUUUGUCCUGGAGUUUUGCGCAAUGCACAAUCAGAACAGUUUAAAUGGAUAGUUCACUUUCUGGAGUUUUAUCAAUCUUUCUGGAGUUA